AGCAUAUUAGCAUUCUGGGAACUACAGCUAACGUUGGAAAUAAAUAAAUAAACGGGGUUUUCACCGGCCGGUCAGCCCAGGACCGAAGACAUCCUCUGGCGGCUCCAACUCCACCCCUUCCCUCCAAAGGGUGCUUCGCUACCUAACUUCCGGAAGCGGGAACGCUCAAGUACCGACUUGGCGGUGGACUGAGGGCCCGCUGGUCUCAAAUGUCGAAAUGGACCGGAAUGAUUUUCAGAAUACGUCUUCACAAGAAAUGAUUCAGCCAGUUCAAAAGCAAAAUACUCAAAAAAAAGUUUCUAUCUUGGCUGCCCUAGAUGACAGUUUAAGUGACAUGUCUACAAGAGGAUUAGCAGUUCCUAGGAUGCCAGGGCUGUUUUCUCAAUCUGUUACUCCACGGAGUCGAAGUGCCCCAAAGCAGUCAAAUAUAUCUACCAACCUAGGCACAGAGAGAAAAUCGCCUUACUUUGUGAAGAUUCCUGGGCACCUUGGUAAUUUGUCUGUGUUAGAUGACAGUGACUGGACAGUUGCCCUUACACCUCCACAGUCAGUCAUGUUCACAAACUUAGAUUAUAGUGCAGCAGAAGAUGUCACAAAGAGUGCUGUCUUCUUGAAUGAGGAUGACCCGGGAGAAGCUGCUGCGCGAAGCAUGUAUCCUGACUUUCUCCAUUCCUUGUUAAAGCAUAGUUCAAAUACUGUUUUUGAACUCAUAGAUGAAUAUGAAGAUACUUGCAGUAACCAGCUAAACAUUCUUCAAAAAAUAGUGUGUCGAGCAACUCCUGGACAACAGAAAUUUUCCAAAACUGCUAGUGUUUUGUGGCUUCUAAAGCAAGAAAUGGUAACAUGGAGACUCUUGUCAUCAAUUUACAGAGACAGAAUACAGUCUGCUAUGGAAGAUGAAACUAUGUUUGAUCUUGCAAUUAUAAAUGCCAGUGAAAAGACUGUUGUGAACAAUCUAUUCCAGAGAGACUCAUUGGUGCGACAAAGCCAGUUGGUGGUAGACUGGUUAGAGAGCAUUGCAAAAGAUGAAAUUGGAGACUUCUCUGAUAAUAUUGAAUUUUAUGCAAAGUCUGUAUACUGGGAGAAUACAUUGCACAUUUUGAAACAAUGGCAAUUAAAUACGUUCACUGGGAGUUUACGUCCAUUAGUGACUGAAGUAGACCCAGAUGCUCCAGUAAGGCAGAAAAUGCCACUUGACGAUUUAGAUCGUGAAGAUGAUGCACGAUUGCUCAAGUUCCUUUUUACUCUCAUUAGAGCAGGAAUGACAGAUGAGGCCCAAAGACUCUGCAAAAGGUGUGGCCAGGCGUGGAGAGCUGCAACACUUGAAGGAUGGAAACUGUAUCAUGAUCCUAACAUGAAUGGAGGGCAAGAGCUAGAGCCAGUAGAAGGAAACCCAUACAGAUGCAUUUGGAAAAUCAGUUGCUGGCGACUUGCAGAAAAGGAACAGUUUGACAAGUAUGAGAGAGCAAUCUAUGCAGCACUUAGUGGGAAUCUCAAACAGCUUCUUCCAGUUUGCGAUACCUGGGAAGAUGCUGUUUGGGCAUACUUCAGGGUCAUGGUAGACACACUUGUUGAACAGGAAAUUCGUUCAUCUGUGAUGAAUACAGAGGAGAAGGAAGAACUCCCCAGAGAAUAUUUGGAAACAAACUGGACUUUAGAAAAAGUAUUUGAAGAACUUCAAGCAACAGACAAAAAGAGAGUUUUGGAAGAGAACCAAGAGCACUAUCAUAUGAUUCAAAAGUUUGUUAUCCUAGGAGAUGUGGAUGGUCUCAUGGAAGAAUUUUACAAGUGGCUUUCCAAAGGCAGAAACAUGCUCCCUGGGCAUCUGCUUCGAUUCAUGACUCAUCUCAUUCUAUUUUUCCGUACUUUGGGGCUUCAAACCAAAGAGGAAGUAUCAAUUGAUGUCUUAAAGGCCUACAUUCAGUGGUUAAUGCAUGAGAAGCACACUGAUCUCAUAGCAUUUUACGUCAGCCACCUGCCUCAAGAUGUAGCUGUGGCUCAGUAUGCUGCAUUCUUGGAGGAUGUGAUAGACACUGAACAAAGACACCAUUGUCUGGAGCUUGCCAAGGAAGCAGGUUUGGACAUUGCUACUAUAACAAAAACAGUGGUUGAAAAUAUUUGCAAAAAAGACACUAGUGAGUUCUUCCACCAUGAUCUUGCAGUAGAGACCGGCACAACAGAGGAUGAUCGCUUGAAGAUUGAUGUGAUUGACUGGCUAGUAUUUGAUCCUGCUCAGAGAGCUGAAGCACUUAAGCAAAGCAAUGCUAUAAUGAGGAAAUUCUUGGCAUGUAAGAAGCAUGAAGCAGCUACAGAAGUAUUCAUAAAGAUUCCACAAGACUCUAUAGCUGAAAUAUACAAUCAGUGGGAAGAACAAGGAAUGGAGAGUCCACUUCCGGCUGAAGAUGACAAUGCUAUUAGAGAGCAUUUAUGUAUUAGAGCAUACCUGGAAGCCCAUGAAGCUUUUAAUGAGUGGUUUAAACACAUGAAUUCAGUUCCACAGAAGCCAGGUCAGCUUUCACAAGCAAGUUUCACAGAAAAAGUUGCCCAUGAACUUAAAGAGAAGAAAUAUGAGGUAGAUUAUGGCAUCUGGAAAGGUCUUUUAGAUGCUCUUACAGCUGAUGUAAAAGAAAAAAUGUAUAAUGUCUUAUUGUUUAUUGAUGGAGGAUGGAUGGUUGAUGUCAGAGAGGAUGCUGAAGAUGAUCCUGAGCGUUCUCAUCAAAUGAUCAUGCUGCGAAAACUCUGCUUGCCAGUGUUGUGCUUCCUCCUUCAUACAGUUCUGUAUAGCACUGGACAGUAUCAGGAAGACUUAAGACUUGCUGACUUGAUUGCUUCAGAUAGGCACAAACUCUAUAUGAUAUUUUCCAAGGAGGAACUCCAGAAACUCUUACAGAAGUUGAGAGAAUCUUCCCUCAUGCUUCUGGAUCAAGGUCUUGAUCCUCUUGGAUAUGAAAUACAAUCUUAAUUGCAUUGUUGUAGGUAAUAUAAAUAAAAUUAGUGAUACAAAUGAAUAUAAGGUUUGGAUCCCAGAUUUUUGGCCUCCAUGAAAUAGAGAAUAUUUUGAUUCAACCUCCAUUGUUUUAUAUGGAAAUAUUUUAAUAUUUUAAUGGCAUUGGCGCAUAGCAGUGUGGAUUUUUUUAUAUUUAAAAUAAUUGCAUGGAUAAUACUUUGUAUUUUUCUCAAUAAAAUUGUAAACAAUAAUUUAAUUUGUAAUAAGGUUUAUAUUGCUUAAAUGUAGGAAGUAGUUUGCAUCAGUAAGCCUGCCAGAGUGAAGUGGCCUAUAGAUGUAACAAGGAAGUGUUACAGGUAGUCCUCAUCUUAGAACUUGUCAUUUAAUGACCAAAGUUAACAACAGCAUCAGAAAAGUGCUGUACAGCCUGUAAAACAUGUCUGGCCUUCGUAAAACAUCACAUCAUUCAUAUGACCACAUUUGGGGCAUUUGUCAAACAUUUAUGACCAAUUGCCUGCAGUCCCACAAAGGAUUUCCCCUCCAGCCCCACAAAGGAUAUCCCUUUUGGCUGCAGGAAGAG